GGAGCUGCGAAGAAGCAGCAGCCGGUGCGACAGACUGUGGGCUAAGUUUGUCCGCCCUGGCUUCCCAUCACGAGUCGACGGGUCUUUGUUUUUGUGAUGAACAAGUACCUCCGCUUUCGCUUAAAAUUCACACCUAAAGUAGAGGCGUUAGAAACGGUCAAGUGCGCUCGUGACAUUUUGGAUAGUUUGUAGCACAGACAGAGAAACAGGAAAGGAGAGAGAGAGGGAGAAGUGCGAGCGACUCCAAAGUUGACACUUCGCUGUCAUGUUUGGUACUUGUUGAAUAGGCUGUGUACAAACACAACACUGCAGUGUGUGCGUGGGCGGCUGCGUGCUGGGAACAGAGUCUUCUGUAUCACCAUGAGGCUUUAAGGGCACAGGGAGGACAGUGAUGGCAGAGCUGGAGAUUGACCAGUCCAACCUUCCACGUGUCCAAGAAGUGUGCCAGUGUUUUGCUGUGCUGGAGGAUGGAGCGCUGGCACACAACCUGCAAGAGCAGGAGAUCGAGCAAUACUAUACCACCAACAUUCUAAAGAACCAGCUUGUGCAGAAUGACAUCCGUGUAGCCAAGAAGCUGCAGGAUGAAGAGGAGGAGCAGCAGGCCCAGCAGAGUGCCCUUCAGAGACAGGCCUCCAGACAACUAGAGGAGCAGGACUUUGAGUAUGCCCGUGUGAUUCAGGAAGAACUCCAGAGAUGUGCUGAGGAGGCUCAGAGGAGGGAGCUGGAUGAUGAGAUGAUCAGGAGAGCAUCCAAACUUGGCACACAGGAAAUUGCCAAACGGUUGCAAGAAGAGGAAGAGGAGAGUAUCAGGAGACGAAGUAGAGGGUCAGGGAGCCAUAGUGAAGGCAGCACGAGUGACCCUGCACUGCUAUCCCUACAACAGCACACAUACAACAGCGUUUGCCAGGGGGAGGAGCAGCACCAGAGCACCACCACCAGGUGGCGAUCCUCUACUUCGCACUCAGACAUAACUGGGCCUCAGACUAACUCCCCAAGGGGGUUAGCGGCUCAGAAAAAUACAACUUCAUGGUCAAAUCAAGGACACCCCAAUUCCAUUAGGCAAAUUAGCAGUGAAUUGAGAGAGCCUUUGAGUGAAAAUUCAGAUGACUCGGACACAGUUUUCUCUGAACAGCUCUCUGUCUGGUCCCAGAGACUGAAUGAAAGAUUCAACACUGCACCUGCUCGACAGCGGGCAUCUUUACAUCAGCCACAAGAGAGAAAUUACAGAAGAGUUUACUCUCGUAGAACAUUCUCAGACGAGUUCAGGGAGGAGAGAGAAGAGUGGGACGAGGACUUUUAUGAAAAUGGUGAUCUGAAUGAAAGGAGGCCUAGGAAUCAGGAUAAAGAGAGGAAGUACAGAGAUGAGUAUGAGAUCAGAGGUCAGGAUACAGGCUCUCAGUUUGUCGAGUUUAGAGAAAAGCGACGCAGUCACAGUGAAUCUGUUCGGCUGCAUGACAGGGAUAGACACAGCAACAGAGACUUUGCAAAGACCUGGAGCUACAAGGACAGCCCUGACAAACACGUCCGUUUUCGAGAUGAUAAGAGGAGCUCUCGCAGGGAGCAGAGUGAAAGCAGCCAAGUGUGGAAGAUGCUGGCCCGUGUCCUCAAAGAGAGGGGUGUGCCUGUGAAGCUUGGUGGCAAUGGGGCGCCACUGCAAAUAAGGCCUCAAAGCAGAGACAGCCAGGUGCUUCAUGGGAGUGAGGUCUCCAGCGGCGACUCCCAACCACAUCAGAGAGCCUUCCACAGAGCUGCUUCCACGAGGCACAGUUUCCAUGGAGAUAUUAGGGAGAGAAAGAGAUUGUCAUACCGAGAGAACAGCGGGAGAGAUCACAGAGAAGACCGAGACAGGCAUCAUGAUAAUGGAGAGAUUUAUGAAAUUAGGAGAAGAGACUCAGACCUUGCUAAAAGAGAAAGACAAGGCAGUAGAAGGUGGAGAGAGCACAAAUACACUAACAGUGAUGAGAGGGGAGAGAGGAAUGUAAAUAAUUACAGAGUCAGGAGGGCAGCAAGCGAGCGGAGGCAUUUACACAGGACCGCAGAAGAAAGCUUAAGCUCAGAGGAGGAGCAAGACGUGGAGAGGAGAGUAAAUGUACCCCGACGAAGAGCCCCAGGGCGUAGCCAAAGUCUCAGCACCAGCAGCAGGGCUUCAACCAGGGAUAGGUCAAGGCGCACGGCAGCAGGAGCACCACCUCAACCAGAGCUGAGUGAAACUAAUCUGAGCCUGGGGGAGCUGCAGCAGGUUUUAGAAGAUGAAGAACUGGCCCUCAAGCUACAGGAGGAAGAGGAAAAGCUGUUUAGGAGGAACUCUCCGCCAUCUCAACGUUGUUCUUAUCCAGAAGGGGACUUCAGAGUAGCACAAGUGGCACAGGAUGAGGAAAUUGCACGAUUCAUGCAGAAACAAGAAAUUAAAUCAAAGCGUAGAUCUCGUGAGCUGGAAGGGCCUGAGUCUUGGCGUGAGCAUAGGGCGAUGAUAAAUCAUCAUGACAGACGAGCUGCAAGAGAGAGACAGGUCCAACGAGAGAGACUUGACUCAGAGGGCCUUCCUUCCCCAACUGAGGACUGCUCUCCAGAGAACCUUCCGCCAAGUCCCACCACCACUACACCAUCAGCCCAGCAGAUUAGAAACAUUGCAGAGGAAUUGGAUCCAACCUUCCAGGCGAGGAGGCAAGGCACAAUGAGCCUCCAAAUGCGACAAAUAGGUCCAGCUUCUCAGCCCCUUCCUGUGCCACAGUCAGGUCUAAAUGAAAUGCUUGAGGAGCCUACAUUUAUUCCGCCAACAAAGCGUCAAACAGACAAAUCGGGACGAAGUAAAUCCAAAGAGAAGAAGGAGAACUGCAAGCAACAGUGAUCUCCAACACUGUGUUCUGCUGUAGGCCAACACAGUUUCUUUUAUAACACUUAAUCAGUUCAGCUAGAGUUCUCAUUGCUUAUUAUUUUAGGGUUAAAACUGACACGAAUAGCAUUCACUCAGCUGCCCCUACUAGCACUUUUUAGAGCAGUCGAAUAAGGAGACUUUUUAGAUUCUUGAUUAAGUGAGUAAAGACAACAUUUUAAAAUCAUGGCUUUUAUAAAUGCUAAAGGGAAAUGUUGGGUUUGUUAUUGUAUUGUAUUUUAUCUGUAGUUAACCAGUAUACUGUCAGCUGGAUCUCUCAGUCAUCCCCAAGUUGUGCCUACACUUUAUUUACAUUACAAAUACACUAAACCAUCCAAGUAGACUACUAAGUUCUGCCACCUAGUAUAUAACUUCAUUGUCUAAAUCAGAAUACUUUAAUAAUCCCUAAGGAUUGGGUUGGAUUUUUGGCUGAGAUUCUGUCGCUCUCCAUUAAAAUGAAGCUACCAUAAAAAUUUGAUACUAUUAAUUUCUUCUUAAGUGAGUAAAUGUACAAAUUCAGCAGGGGAUCAAAUAAUUAUUUCCUCCACUCUAUUUCUUGGGGGAAUCUCCAGAAGCAUGUGAACGUUUCUUUACUAAGAAAGGGUGGAAACCUAAUCUUAUUUCAAAGCAGUUCUUGUCAUGUUUGCUGUUAUCCAACGACAAUCAAAAAAACUUUGUUUGCUUUUUAUACAUGGAAAUCCCAGAAGUUGUAAAACUGGAUCACAUUAACAUAGUGGUAGUGAAAGAAGUCAAAAUUAAAUGUAUUUCUUUCCCACUCAAACGAGGAAGUUCAUUAUACUCUUGGUGACAGCUCAUGGAAUAAAUAAAGCUAUAGCUCUAUGCUACAUAGAGCUAUAGCUUUAUUUAUAGCUACAUGAAGCUUAGCUGCUACUAUUACCUUUUUGGGGCGUACAACUACAUUUCGCAAUCUCUGAAAUCCAACACCAAAGACCGACUCUGAACUAAGACAUCUUGCAUGUUUUACCAGCAAGUUGUGGUCACUUUAACACUAUUCCUAAUGCCAAACAGGAAUCUAACAGAAGUGACUGGAAAUGAUUUUGAUGCAUGUAUUACUAUUUAUUGGUCUCUGUUUUUGUUUUGUGUAUGUUGUUCUUGCUGCCACAUUUAAACUCUUUUCUUUACACAACUGAAAUAUGGCACCAUGAAUGCAACUAUUCUGUACAUAAUAAAUACAAUCUUUACUGUGUGUUCAAAAAUGUCAUGUAAGUACAGUGUAAAAAUACAUAUAAUCAGUUUUAUACAGUACUAUAGACAGCUGAAGACAUUUCACAGGAAAUCACCAUGAGACAAAAAUUAUACAUUCAAAUCAAAAGUACAUGACAUUCAGCAGGUAACAUUCAGCAGGUAUAAUAAAGUGCUGCAGUCGUAUUAAAAUGUCACUGUAUGACUGUACUGUAAUGUUAACACUUUUUCACUGCGCCACCUGUGAACUUUGAAGUCUUUAACUGAUUUUGCUUUGCUGGAGCAGUGACUCAUACGUUGCUCUAUUACUAUAGGCGUGGGUAAACAUUUUCAGGCAAAGCCCACACAGUAUAUUUCUCAAAUGUUCCAUGAAGAAACACUCGCCUUCUAAAGACCAGGGGAGCAAUAGAAUUUAAAA